AUGCGCGCUACAACCACCACCAACAAUAGCACUGAUACCACAUCGAGUGAGAACAGUCCACCUCCUGCUGUCUCAUCUGACUAUUACGGAGACACGUCGUCUGACGAAGAAAACAACACCGACCAACCUCCCUGCAUUAACUACGGGAAAGGAAAUGCAUACCAAUAUCGCAGAGAUCUCAAGUUCAGCAUCUGGAGCGAGUUAGGCAGUGAGGCCUGGGACCUGAAAGUGCUUGGGAGCUUGGUGAAGAUGGGCCUGGGGGCUGAACUGGAUGAUUCCUUGAAACGGCUUCUAUGGGGUGAACACCCAUACAAAGAGAUUAAGGGAAACAACUGGGUGGGCCGAGCCACUCACAAGGGCAAGAUAAACCAGUUUAUUGCUCUCAUUCUGUUCAACAGCGGUACCCUUAAUAAAGCCAUGUACCAGGGCCGAUUUGUGCUCUGUAACACAACUCUUGUUGUUACUGACGACGAGUCAGCAGAUGAAUGGAUGAGACAGCUCAAAGAUAGAGCUCCUGAUAUCUGUACUCUUAAAUUACCCAAUCCGAAGCACGCUAAACACCGCAUUGAUCUCUUCCAUGUCGUUGUCACUACUUAUUCGCACAUGAACGAAACUAGCAAAGACAACAGUCAGCUGUGGAACUGCAAGUUCCGUCGUGUCAUUUUCGACAACCACAGUGAUAGUAGGGAGUUCAAGAAGUUUUUGGAUUCUCAUUCUGUCUACUCUGACCGUCAAUGGUGUCUUCUCCACACGACAUGA